AUUUGUGACUAUUAAUGACAUAUCGCAUUUUUCGUGGCUUCAAUUGACCACAGUCAGUCGAUGCCAGUCAUUGCUAUCGACCGAAACGUAAGAAAAGUGUGAAGACAUUGGAAAAAGGAAUUUGUGCUCUUUUUUAAAGAAACCCUCGCUGAUUCAAAAUGGCAGACUCGCAGAAGUUGGAGAAGUACCUUGAAUUAGAUCAAGGAGGGAAUGUUCAGGUUAUGUACGUAUGGAUUGAUGGGACUGGUGAAAACCUUCGUUGCAAAACGAAAACAAUGAAUUUUGAGCCUAAGAGACCAGAAGAUUGCCCGAUAUGGAACUUUGAUGGAUCAAGCACUGGCCAGGCAAGUGGAAAAAAUAGCGACGUCUAUCUACACCCUGUUGCAUUGUUUGCAGACCCUUUCCGACGCGGUCCUAACAAACUGUUGUUGUGUGAGACGUAUGAUUUUGAUAAGAAACCGACAGAAAGUAACUGCAGAAAAAGUUGUAAAGAAGUAAUGGAAAAAGUUAAGGACGCUCAUCCGUGGUUCGGCAUUGAGCAAGAAUAUACGUUACUUGACACAAGCAAUCACCCGUACGGCUGGCCCGAGAGUGGCUAUCCUGCUCCACAAGGUCCUUAUUAUUGUGGGGUUGGUGCUGGUAAAGUGAUGGGAAGAAAUAUUGUCGAAGCUCAUUACAGAGCUUGCAUGUAUGCUGGAAUAAAAAUCGCUGGCUCAAAUGCUGAAGUCAUGCCCUCUCAGUGGGAGUAUCAAGUUGGUCCGUGUGAAGGGAUAGAAAUGGGGGAUCAUUUAUGGAUGUCAAGGUACAUUCUGCUUCGCGUAGCUGAAGAAUUUGGUAUUUGCGUCACCUUCGACCCGAAACCGAUACCUGGUGACUGGAAUGGUGCAGGAGCACAUACUAAUUUCAGUACCAUUUCCAUGAGAGAGAAAGGUGGUCUGACGCACAUUUACAAAGCGAUUGAAAAGCUGUCCAAAAUGCACGACCUCCAUAUAAAGUCAUACGAUCCCAAAGACGGAUUGGACAACAAGCGACGACUGACAGGUCGUCACGAGACUGCGGAUAUUAAUACCUUCUCCAGUGGAGUUGCAAAUCGCGGAGCUAGCGUACGCAUACCUAGGCAGUGCGCUGAGGAUGGUCAUGGUUAUCUAGAAGACCGUAGACCGGCUGCAAAUGCUGACCCGUACAAAGUGACAGAGAGAGUUGCUAGAACCGUUUGCGAUGUUUCUAAUUAAAACUGAAUGAAAUUUAUAAACUUUUUACGGCAGGUUGAAUUAGGAUAGAUAAGGUUUGAUUUUACUUAGAUAUAUUUCUUAGAUAUAUAUGCGGAUUUUCCUUUAUUAUGUUUUAUAGAAACUAACUAUGGUAAUGCUGGAAUUCAAUUAACACUACAAUCCAUAUAGCAAAAUUUACGUUCGGCGCUCAUAUACUAGGUUAACAACUCCAUGUCUUUAAUUGGUGUGAUUAGAAUUCUCAUUGAUACUAAAUCUGGUAUAAUUAGCAAGCAGAAUCAAUAAAAAUCUGGUUGACUUAAAUGCAUGUCAUUAAA